GAGAAGAAGAGAGAGAGAGAGAGAAAGAAGACUCUCCGGCGAAACGUUAACGGUAAACCAGAGAUUUUCCGGCGAAAAGCUUUUGUUUUCGAAUUCAAAUUGGAAAUGCUCGGAACGACGCCGUGCUGAAUCCGCCUGGAACUCCCAAGUUGCCACCGCGAGAUGGCUGUAACGCCGCCGUAUCUCGCGGAUUCGCUAUCCUUCACGUUUUUAUUCCGUUGUCGAUCCGUAAUCUCCCCAGACCCUUCAUGAGAUUCCAUCGAGUUAUCGGCAGAACAAUUUGUUCUUGAUAUUUAUAAGGGGAUCGAUUUGGGAAAUCGAGUUUGCGAGGAUGGUGUCUGGAGGGAAGGGGGGGUUGGAGAAGCUGAGGAGAUGCGUGAAGAUAUUGUAUUUCAUGGUGGCGAUGGUGGCGUCUCUGCUAGUGUUGUCAGCGCCGGUGCUGGUGGCGGUAGGGGAUAUCAUGGUGCAGUGCGUAUUGAUUUCGAGCUUCACCUGCAUCAGUUGUUACAGUUUCCAAGAGCAUUUGCAUAGAUACACAUUCAAGAGUUCAUUAACUGACAUUCCUCUUGUCUCCAUAAUCAGAUCUCUCGUCAUCACCUGUGUGUAUUCCAUGUGCAAUGGUGCGGCUCUCUCACAAGGACCGUAUCUUGGAACUGUGACCCUUUGUUCAGUCAUAUCAGUUCUCCUUCUUUCCGUUAAAGCUUGUGUUUUCUCUGUCAAUUCGUACCUUGAAGCUGAGGCUUCUACCUCCAUCUCUAGGCAAAAGCUUCAUUUGAAAAAGUCAUGGGGGAUGCCAGUCUUGUUUCUCUCAUCUGUUGUGUUUGCUCUUGGACAUACCGUUAUUGCGUACAGAACAAGUUGUAGAGCUAGAAGGAAACUCUUGUUCCACCGCAUGGACCCCGAUGCUGUCCUAGCCAAAGUUGUUUUCUCAGGAUACCAGAAGGUUCCACGUUCUCCAACCCCUUCAACUGGGAAGGCACCAAGAAGUGACAACGAAACACGGGCAAGGUCUGCAGGAUUGGUUCAUGUUGAUGGUCAACUCCCUGUCAGAUUGCUGGCUGAUUCCGACAGCUUGUUUAUCUCUUGUCUUGGGCUUACCAUUCAUUACAAGCUAUGUUUGCCUGGGUCACCUCCACGUUCAUUAUCCUCCAUAACCUUUCUUGACAGGCCAGCAGUGACUGCUUUAUCAAGAAAUGAACAGAAACUUCGAAGGAGCUUCAGUAACCAGUUUCAUUCUUCAUCUCUCUCUACUCCUUUACUAGAGACUUCUCCCAAGUCUCCUGCUAUGUCUGAAGAUAUACCUAUUUUAAGCCUAUGUGAAGGCGGCGCCGAGGAUCAGUUCAAUAAGUUGCCAUAUCCACUUAACACGAGAGAUUUGGAAGCUAAUGGUCAGCUUGGGAUUGUUUUAGUUCAUGGGUUUGGAGGGGGAGCCUUUUCAUGGAGAAAUGUGAUGGCCGUGCUAGCUCGACAUGUGGGUUGUACUGUGGUGGCUUUUGAUAGGCCUGGUUGGGGAUUGACAUCAAGGCCCCGUCGUAAGGAUUGGGAGGAAAAUCAAUUGCCUAAUCCAUACAAGAUCGAUUCACAGGUUGAUCUGCUUCUUUCUUUCUGCUUAGAGAUGGGCUUCUCCUCUGUCAUACUGGUAGGCCAUGAUGAUGGAGGGUUGCUUGCUUUAAAGGCUGCACAAAGAGCCCUGUCAUCUACUGGUUCAAUCGAUGUGGAGAUCAAGGGGGUUGUAUUACUGAGUGUUAGUUUGACAAGAGAACUGGUCCCUGCCUUUGCAAGAAUUUUGUUGCGCACCUCACUUGGGAAAAAGCAUUUAGUUCGUCCUCUUUUGCGAACUGAAAUAACUCAAGUGGUUAAUAGGCGUGCAUGGUAUGAUGCUACAAAGCUAACCACGGAAGUCCUAAGUCUUUACAAGGCCCCGUUAUUUGUAGAAGGUUGGGAUGAAGCACUGCACGAGAUAGGGAAAUUGUCAUUUGAAACUGUGCUUGCCCCUGACAACGCAGCUUCAGUCCUACAAUCGGUUGUAAACAUACCGGUACUUGUAGUUGCAGGAGCAGAAGAUUCCCUUGUACCAUUAAAAUCUGUUCAAGUUAUGGCCUCAAAUCUUGUAAAUUCUAGGCUGGUGGCAAUUUCUGGUUGCGGACAUCUGCCUCACGAGGAAUGUCCCAAGGCUUUGCUUGCAGCCAUGUCGCCGUUCAUAAAUAGAAUUCUAGGGGUACCCGAAGCUUAACCUUCUUCAUGCAACUCCUCAUAAGCUUCCAGACAUGUCUCUAUUUCGUGUGGAAAAGCCAACAACCAAAAAAAAAAAGAAACUUUUUUUUCUGACCAGUCUACCCUCCAAUCUCCAUUGUUUUGUUGUUCUACUUAUAAUAUUCUAAUCUCCAGUGCAGCACAUCAAAAGGUAGAGUCCCAAGAUUCCUCUCUCCUUUUGGGCAUUUUUGAUGAUUAUUCUUAGGUUCUUCUGAUGGGUUUCUCUGUUUCUUCAGUACUCUCUCUGGUGUAGUAUUUAAGGAGGGAAGGGUCUGUUUGGUUACUUCCUCCCCUAUUUGAACCUGUUUUUUUUUUCUUUUUUUCAAUUUGUCCAUAUGUGAUGUGGAAUUUCUCUUUGUACAGAUGUAGAGAUCAUUGUUUAUGCAGAUUUUGUUCCCAACUCGAGUGCCUU